AGUCAAACAAAAUAAUCUCUCUGGGAUAGUCGACGACGACGACGAUUCGAUUAUCCAACAGGACCAACAACCCAUCGGAUCUUUUCUUUUGGCGCCCUUAAAAUAAAUAAAAUAAAUAAAUAAAAAAAAAAUUACAUACAGUUUCAUCCAUUUUCACCUCUAUUUAAUUUCCCCUCUUUCUCUCUCACACACACAAACACACACUCACUUUCCCUCUCUCGCAAAAUGGCUUCCGGUCAACAGUUAUCUGCAAUUAAGGGCUCGAAAGUGCUGAUGGUUGGCGCUGGAGGUAUUGGCUGCGAGCUUCUCAAAACCCUAGCUCUUUCUGGCUUCCAAGACAUUCAUAUUAUUGACAUGGACACAAUAGAAGUGAGCAACCUCAAUAGGCAAUUUUUAUUUCGUCAAUCACAUGUUGGCCAAUCCAAGGCAAAAGUUGCUCGCGAUGCUGUGCUAAGAUUCAGGCCUCAGAUUAGCAUUACACCUUAUCAUGCUAAUGUCAAAGAUUCCGACUUUAAUGUUGACUUUUUCAAGCAGUUCAGUGUUGUGUUAAAUGGGCUUGACAAUUUGGAUGCUAGACGUCAUGUAAACCGCCUCUGCUUGGCAGCUGAUGUCCCUUUGGUGGAAAGUGGUACCACUGGUUUUUUGGGGCAGGUCACCGUGCACAUCAAGGGUCAGACAGAAUGCUAUGAAUGCCAGCCAAAACCUGCCCCCAAGACUUAUCCCGUGUGUACUAUUACAAGUACUCCAUCAAAGUUUGUUCACUGUAUUGUCUGGGCGAAAGACCUGCUUUUUGCAAAACUUUUUGGAGAUAAGAACCAGGAUAAUGAUCUCAACGUGCGUUCUAAUGAUGCUGCCAGUUCAUCAGAACAUUCAGAAGAUGUUUUUGAGCGUAGAAAGGAUGAAGAGAUUGAACAGUAUGGAAAGCGAAUUUAUGAUCAUGUAUUUGGGCACAAUAUAGAAAGUGCCUUGUCCAAUGAGGAAACCUGGAAAAACCGCAAUAGACCAAGGCCUAUAUAUGUUAAAGAUGUGUUAUGCGAUGAACUUCUUCCACGAAAUGGUAAUUUAGACAAAGUGCCAGCAACUGAUAAUUUGUCCUCGUUAUCUGCAAUGGCGUAUUUGGGCUUGAAAAAUCCACAAGAUAUCUGGAGCCUGAAGGAAAAUUCAAGAAUCUUUUUUGCAGCACUCAAUUUAUUCUUUUCGAAGAGGCAGGAGGAUAUAGGGAACUUGAGUUUUGACAAAGAUGACCACCUAGCUGUAGAAAUUGUGACCGCUGCUGCGAAUAUUCGAGCAGCCUCUUUUGGAAUUCCUUUGCAUAGUCUUUUUGAAGCAAAAGGUAUUGCUGGCAAUAUUGUACAUGCAGUUGCAACCACAAAUGCUAUUAUUGCAGGACUGAUUGUGAUAGAGGCAAUCAAGGUACUGCAGAAUGAUACAAAGAACUGUAGGAUGACCUAUUGUCUUGAGCAUCCAUCAAGGAAGAUGCUUCUCAUGCCUGUGGAGCCGUUUGAGCCAAACAAAGCUUGCUAUGUUUGCUCUGAGACUCCAUUAUCUCUAGAAGUGAAUACCAACCGCGCAAAACUGAAGGAUGUGGUGGAGAAAAUUGUCAUAUCAAAGCUAGGCAUGAAUUUGCCAUUGAUCACUCACGGGUCAGGGCUUCUUUAUGAAGUUGGUGAUGACUUAGAUGAAGACAUGGUUGCUAAUUAUGCAGCAAACCUUGAGAAGGUAUUAUCUGAGCUCCCGUAUGCAAUCACUAGCGGAACAAGUAUUACAGUUGAGGAUCUUCGACAAGAGCUUGUAUGCAACAUCAUUAUCAAGCAUAGAGAAGAAUUUGAUGAAGAGAAGGAACCUGAUGGCAUGGUUCUUCAUGGAUGGACACCAGUUCCGGCUGUAGAAAACAGCAAGGAUGCUACUACUACUAUCAAUGGUGCCAGCACAUCAUCUGCAUCGAAGUCAACUCCUACUGACAUGGAAGAUGAUGAUGAGCUAAUAGUAGUAGAACCAGGAAUUGAGACUAUACCUGCAGGAAAGAAACGAAAGCUCUCUGACAUAUCAAAUUCCGAAACCGAAACAUCCACUGAUGACAAACAGGCCAAGAAGAUAUCCCAGAAACUUGAAGAAAACAGUGAUGUUACUAUACUUGAUGGCGGGAAUGGUGACAUCAGCAAGAAUAUUUCACGGUAGUUUUCAAGUGGUUUUGAUUGGAUUAUUCUCUAAUUUAUGUCAUCAGGGAGGGAUUAAUAGUGCAGCCACCAGUCACCCUUUUUGUGGCGGUUUAGCUUAAUACCAGGUAAAAAGGUUCGGUUUUUAAAAUUGUAACUUUUUUUUUUUUUUUUUUUUACAUUUGGAACUUAGGAUUUGUUUGUUUCUUUUUUUUCUUUUUUUUUUUUGCGUAAGUAGAAGUGAACCUGGAGGAUUUAACUAUAGUGACUUUUUGGGGUUAAAACUCGUCCUGACAGUCAGUUAGUGGCUCUAUACUUGUUUCGUCACUUGUUUCUAUAAGCAAGAAGAGUAAGAGACAGGUAACAUAGGCUAGAAACGCAUUAUAUUGUCGAAACAACGCAAUUUAGUUAUUCUGUUCGUGUAUUUUAUAAAAGUUCUUUUGAACUUUACUAGGCAUGUUUUUGCGAUAAGUAUAAUGUGUCGAGCCAUGAAAAGUGAAAACCCACAAGUUUGCUUCUGACGAUGAAUUCUGAUGCAACUCAUAAUUGUUUUGUUUUGUCUAUACAAAGCUAUGUUAAUGUC